AUGCCCAAACCGAAAACUCUCUUGAAAGAGCCCAAGUCCAAGAAGAAAGCCGCGCAACAGGCUCCACGCACGGCUGAUGAGUUCCUCGCGGUUGGCGUGGAACAAGAAGAAGCUGGCGAGAAAUGGCGCGCGGGUGAUGCUGCCAAAUCGAUGCGCUUCUUUAUGCGCGCCAUUGCCACGUAUGACGAAGGCCUGAAGAGGCAUCCCCAGGCAUUCGAUCUGGCCUAUAACAAGGCGCGAGUCCAGUAUGAGAUAACCCAGCAUCCGAAACUAGCCACCCAGCUGUCGGCGCCACUCAUAGAAGCCCUCCGCAUCACCUUGCAGUCUCAUCGCGAGGCUCUUGCCCUAGAUCAGGAUAACGCAGACGCGCUCUUCAACACGGCGCAGGUGCUCACAAGCCUUGCGGAGGCCAUCACGGACACCAAGCGGCCUUCGGAAGACCGGCUCAACCAGGCGGUUAAGUUCCUUCAGGAAGCCCUGGAGCUCUUCCAGCGCUGUCUCCUUCUGCAAGAGAUGAAGUACACAGAAAUGCAGGAGCAAAUCCGGCAGAUCGAAGCCGGGGAACUGGGGCCUCCUCCGGAGCAGACACAGGAGACGGACCAAAGCAUGGAGGAUGCUGAGGAGUCCAAAACCUCCGAUCAACAGGAACAAUGGGCUGCUGUUGUGGAACCAGUGACAAAGGAUACCCUGGUUGAUACAGCAGUCGCUCAACUGGAUGCUUUGACCACCCUGUGCAACCUGCUCACCUAUGACCCCGGCGUGGGACUUGGCUGGGUGGAAGAAUAUUCGACCGAUCUGCUGCAGGAAAAGAUUUCAGCCUAUGUUGAAGGAUCCAACCGGCAUUAUGAAGCUUCCCUGGCACGCGCACGGUUUGUCUGUGCCCUGAACGAAGUGCUUUACCGAGGCGGUCGGAUAGAUGUUGAAACGUAUCACAGCGAGAUUUCGCGGGCCUUUGGUCCUGACCUCGAUAUUUCAGCAGACCCUGAAGGCCUUUGCGGCAAAGCGGAUGCGCUCAUGUCCUUUAACACAGCGCUCAGCGACGUGCCACCUCAGGAGCAGGAAGCGUUUACCAGGUCAUUGGCAUUGCGAUGGCAACAUCUGUCAACCGCGUUGGACGCGUUAACCAAGGCUUCCAAACUUCCUGACGCAGAAAACUUGCCCAAGAUCCACCUGGCCAGAGGCGACGCGGAAAUGGGCAGAUGGAGGCUCGGCAUGCCUCCCUGGGAGUACGCCAUGGCCCAUCAGAACGCCGCAACUCUUCUGCGAAAUGCCCAAACAUACUACCGGGGGGCCGCAGCUCUUGCGCGACGAGAUGGAUGCGCAGACGAAGAGCGAGACGGAACGUGUAAGGAGGCGCUUGCGGCGGCCCUAGAGGGCCAGAAAGGCAAGCUGGAGGAGCUCAAAAGUUCAGCGCCCAAGGAACUGAUGGCGGUCGCGGAGGAUGUAAUCGAAGAUGGCUGGGUGAAUCCGGGAGAUAUGGAGGCGUUGCUCUCGUAA